UCUGAAGGAACAGAUGUGGAAAAAUAAUUGGCCUCUCUGUAUGUCUGUUCUCUUCCUCUUUUAGUUACAUCCACAGUAGUCCUGGCCUCAUAGGGUCGUGAAGCAUGAAGAAGUUCUCACAUGAGUGCCCUCACAGGACAGAUUUUACAUUAUAAGUGCUCUUAAAAGUUCUAUGUUCAGUCCUUGGAAGGCUGUGUUUCCUAGGGGGAAUGAAGGGAAGGGCGAACAUACUGGAAUUCUGCUGAUGUGAUACAUUUGGCCCAUGCCUCACGCUCCCACAAAGGACAUUUUAGCUCAGAAGGCAACUAACAGUGUCCGGGAACAGAGAAAAUGGCCAACAGCGAACUGGUGGUAGGACUGAUCUUCUUAACACAGACGACGGUUGGCAUCCUGGGCAAUUUCUCACUUCUUUAUCAUUAUAUCCUCCUUUCCUUCACUGACUACAGGUCGAGGUCCACAGAUUUCAUUCACAAGCACCUGACUGUGGCCAACUUCUUAGCUCUGCUCUGUAAAGGCGUCCCCCAGACCAUGGCAGCAUUUGGGUGGAAACAUAUUCUUAGCCACUUUGGAUGCAAACUUCUUUUCUUUCUUCACAGGAUGGGGAGGGGAGUAUCCAUCGGUAGCAUCUGCAUCUUGAGUGUCUACCAGGCCAUCACGAUCAGCCCCACAAACUCCUGGUGGGCAGAGCUUAAAGUAAAAGCUCCCAAGUACAUUGUUCCCUCUAUUUUCCUGUGUUGGAUGCUGCAAAUGCUGGUAAAUGUCAUUUUCCCUGUGUAUAUAAUUAGUGCAUCGAGCGAUAAAAACAUCACAGGUGAAAAGAAUUUCGGAUACUGUUCUUCAGUUCGUCAUGAAAAAACCACAGACUCAUUGUAUGCAGUAUUGCUCUCACUCCCUGACAUGCUAUGUUUGGGGCUCAUGCUCUGGGCCAGCGGCACCAUGGUUUUCAUCCUGUUCAGGCAUAAGAAGCAGGUCCAACAUAUACGAAGAACUGUCUCCGCCAGGUCCUCCCCGGAGUCCAAAGCCACCAAAACAAUCCUUCUUCUGGUGAGCACCUUUGUCUACUUUUAUACCCUCUCCUCUGUCUUUCAAGUUAUUUUGGCUCUUUUUGAUAAUCCUGGCUGGAUCCUCGUGAAUGUCACUGCGAUGACAGCUGUGUGUUUCCCAACUAUUAGCCCCUUUCUGCUCAUGAGCCACAACUCCAAGGUACCCAGGCUCCUCUUUGCCUGGAGAGGGAAUAUAAAAUCCCCUCAUCUUAGGAGAAAUAUGUAAACUGUAUGUAUAUCUACAAUGUACAGUUGCCAAUUCAUUCAUCCCCCUCAGGGUCCUAAAUAAAAUGAGUCCAAGACAACAG